UCAGUUGAAUGAAAGACGCUGUGACGGUGAGUGGUCGCCGUGCCUGCCACCGCCGACUUUUUCCACGUUGCGUUCCUCUGCGGGCAAGUUUUGUGGCUAUUGCGUCGUGCGUUACAUUGUGAGAAAAGCCGCGUAUAAGGAGUUUCGUUCGGUGCGUGGCCCGAUUUUCGUUUGACCUCUUCGAUCGUGCGCUGAUCCCCGACGCUGUUUGCAGUCGGGAAGAGCCGCCGUCGAAAGCCAGCCGAUGAAAUACAUAUCGCUCGUGCAUAUUUGCGCCGAGGCGAGAUUCGCAACCGGACACCGUGUUAUAAGCGACGGCGGCGGAUGCUCGUGUUUGCAACGAACAUGAUUCACGACACGAAGUGCGAAGUUUAAAGUCGAGUGGAUGCGAUCGGGGAAACGGGUCGAGCGUUGCUCCCCUUUCUAGGCGUGUGCGCGAAUUUCGCGCGGUGAAACGUUCGUGAAAAACGCGGAGAACAUCAUAGCGAUUACACGGACGCGCACCCGUCCAAUAUUGCGAUGAGCGGACGAUAGCGUGAGAGUUUUUGGUGGGUCCGAAUUCGAAGCGAUAUCAAUCAACCGGAAUGGGAUCCUUGGCCUGGUGGUUGGCCGCAGUCGCCGCUCUGUUGUCCUUGACUGCGACGACGGCAGCCCUCGAAGGACCGAAUAUAUGUACCAGGAAGGAAACGUACACGAUAACGGUGAAAGUCACUAAGCAGGAGCCCUACACUGUGAGGGAAUACACAUGGUGCUUGAGUUUCCCGCCAAGAUGCAGCAAAUACAAAAUUGUCUACAAAACGGAAUACAAGACAGAGGAAUUGACGAAGGAAAGGCCCGUGGAGGAAUGUUGUAAGGGCUACACGAAGACGACGGACGGGGAACGUUGCAUCCCUAUCUGUUCCGAGGAUUGCCGUCACGGCACCUGCGUGGCACCCGACGUCUGCAAGUGCGAGUCGGGAUACGGCGGUCCGCUAUGCGACUACCAGUGCUCGUUGGGAAAAUGGGGCAGGCAUUGCGAAAUGAAUUGCAACUGUCAGAACAAUGCCACCUGCGAUCCGUUCAGCGGCAAAUGCAUAUGCACGCGCGGCUGGACAGGCGUACACUGCGAUCAGAAGUGCAGCCCUAAUCGCUACGGUCAGGACUGCGUGGAGGAGUGUCGUUGCAGGAACGGCGGUAGCUGCCAUCACAUCUCCGGCGAGUGUCACUGUGCCUCCGGCUAUACCGGACCGCUAUGCGACGAUUUGUGUCCGCUGGGGAAGCACGGAGAGGAAUGCAAGUCCGAGUGCCGUUGUCAGAACGGCGGUUCCUGCAGUCCCACGACCGGCGACUGCGACUGCACGCCCGGCUGGAUGGGUAAGGUCUGCGCGCAUAGAUGUCAGAGCGGUUUCUGGGGCAAGAAUUGCUCCCGCAGCUGUGAUUGCUACAAUGAAGCCGGCUGCCAUCACAUCACGGGCGAGUGUCAGUGCAAGGCGGGCUUCUAUGGUGAUAAGUGCUUAAAGAUCUGUUCGGAAGGAACGUUUGGACUGAACUGCUCCCAGAAUUGCAGCUGUGACAAUGGCGCCACAUGUUCCCCUACAAAUGGCACCUGCAUCUGUGGUCCAGGCUGGGCGGGCGAGACGUGCAACAAACGCGCCUGUGAAGAUGGUCUAUACGGUCCUCAGUGCACGAAGGUGUGCCAAUGUGAAGAGGAAAACACAGAGUUCUGUCAUCCUUGGACCGGACAAUGCUUCUGCAAGGUGGGCUGGGACGGCGAGAACUGCGGCAGGCCGUGCCCGCUCUACACGUUCGGCAAGAAGUGCCAGAAUCGCUGCGACUGCAAGAAUAACGCGCAGUGUUCGCCGGUGGACGGCUCUUGCAUCUGUGCGGCAGGAUAUCGCGGCAAGGAUUGCAGCGAGCUGUGCCCGAAGAACACCUUCGGCGAGGACUGCGCGCAAAGGUGCGCCUGCAAGAACGGCGCCAGUUGCUCGCCCGAAAACGGACGCUGCAACUGCACGGCUGGAUGGGCUGGUGUGCUAUGCGAUCGUCCGUGCGACGACAAGUCCUACGGCAAGGACUGCAAGAACGAGUGCAAAUGCUUUAACAAUGCAGCCUGCAAUCCGCAAAACGGCACGUGCACGUGUGCGGCUGGCUUCACCGGCACACUCUGCCAAGAUCAUUGCGAAAAGGGUUUCUUCGGGAACGGAUGCAAUCAGACCUGCGACUGCGCUGAGGAGAACACCGUGGAUUGCGAUCCAGCCACCGGACGCUGCAACUGCGAGCCGGAAUGGCGAGGAGUCCGAUGCGAAACGAAAUGUCCGGAGGGUCUUUACGGCAACGAUUGCCAUUCGCAUUGCGACUGCAUGAACAAUAGCUCGUGCGACCCGACGACCGGCCGUUGCGUCUGCGCCAGGGGAUGGGAAGGCAACGAUUGCACGCGACCCUGCAAGGAAGGAUGGUACGGCCUAGGAUGCAAAGAGAAGUGCCCGGAGAAAAUGAACAACGGCAACAUGACCUGCGAUCAUGUCACCGGCGAAUACGUGUGCCGACCGGGAUAUUUGGGUCUUACGUGCGAACAUCCGUGUCCACCGACUCGCUACGGGCCCAGCUGCGCGAAUCAUUGUCAUUGUAAAAACGGCGGCGAGUGUCAUCAUGUGACAGGUGUAUGUCAAUGUCGACCUGGCUGGCAAGGAGAAUAUUGCCAGAUACCGUGUGCAGAAGGCACUUAUGGAGUGAAUUGCACGCAACACUGCAAAUGUCAAAACGGUGGCAAGUGCAGGUCAAACGACGGAUAUUGUCGAUGCGCGCCUGGAUGGGCAGGAACCAGAUGCACCGAAAUUUGUCCCGAAGGAUCCUACGGGGACCACUGUAUGAAAUCUUGCGAAUGCAAGAAUGACUUCUUCAUGUGCCAUCCAGCCGAGGGUUGCAUGUGCAGACACGGAUACACGGGCCCGAACUGCGACGAGCAGUUAUUCUUCCGGAACGUUCAGGAGCAGGAAGAGGGUGGAUACGGGCACAUCGUGGCUGUGGUAUUCGCGAUGAUUGUCGUGAUCUGCAUGGUGUUCGCCGGUUGGUUGUAUCAUCGUCGCAGAGUGUCCGACUUGAAAAAUGAGAUAGCUCAGGUGCAAUACACAGCCGAUCCGAUACCACCGCCAGAACGAAACCAAUUCGACAAUCCGGUGUACGCGUAUCAGGGCUGCUCGAAGUUCGACGACGGCACCACCACCCUGCUGAACAACUUCCACUUCCGGAAUAAUCUCGGUAUCAACAAGAACAUAAACAACGAGAGGGCCAAAUUGGGCAUGAAUAUUGACGACGAGGACGAUUGCAAAGGUGCGUUCGGGUUGCAGUACGAUCUGAAGAACAGGGAUGCCGAUAUGGGGAAUCCGAAUCUGAACGUAUACCACAGCAUCGACGAGAACGAUGGCAAGAAGGUCGAGCACGUCUACGACGAAAUCAAGCAAAACAACGAGUCGGAGUACGACGAGCUGAGCCAGCCGCGGCCGGUCAGCUGGAAACCGCCGUCGGGUCGAGCGACCAACGGCUACCUGCCGGGAGCGCGCGACAGCCCGGGACCCAGCAAAACGGCGGACAAGGAUCCGGAAUUAGGCGGAACGUAAGGACGUCGCUGUGUUCCUUCAAAUUCUCUCGACUGCCUAGACUUCUGAAAUAAUAGAACGGGCACCGCGAUUGGACGGAGGUGAAAUCCGUUUGUCACUUGCUCGUAGACUGUUUCCUUGGUUUUUUUUUAAAGAUCGAACGUGCUGUUAUGUUAUCGUUUCUUUCUAUCGCGAAAAUUCGGGAGAGACUUCGCGAUGUACAAGUCGAAGAGUGUGUUGUCGAGAGUGCGAAUGAUGUUAUCAUCAGAAGUCUUGAGGAUACAUCCAUAAUUUAAUGAUCGAAAUAUGCGUGGUUUCUUAUAUCAUAAAAAAAUAUUGCUGUUUUAUAUAUGUAUGAAAAGGAAGGGUCUACUUGCGCAUUUAUAUUGUGCGAUCGGCAUCUUAUGAGCUUCCCAUGGCAGUAUUAAGAGAAGAAACGAAUAUAUCACUUUGUAGAAAUUACGAUAAAGCUUUUUUGCCGCAAUGUCAGUCGCAAGUAGGUGCGACAUAUAUCGCGACGACAAUCGUAAAAGUUGGCUGAAGGCCAACUUAAGAAUACGAUGCCAAUAAGCAGCGUCGGAAUGGCGGAAAGACUAUCAUUAACUUUCCCGAUUGUCGUUGUACUUGUAAAUGUUGAGGUCGAGUCAACUUUUCAGUCAUCAUCGUCACGACGAACGUUGCGACGUUUGACAUUACGACGGAUGCAAUAAAUGGGUCUUUAAGAAGAUGAAAAAUCCGAAUCGAUGGAAUCGUGAUUAGCUUUAAUUCGUAGUUUUUCUUUGAAACGUUUACCGAUCUCUUCUUUUGUGAUGGAUGAUGUCUUGUCGCGAUGAGUUUGGAAAGGUGAGAACACAUCCCUUUUGUACAUACAGACGCCGUUUAAGUGUAAUUUUAACGAUUAGUUAAAUUAUUGCAUGUGUAUAUCCGCUUGAUAAACGUGUGCACGUUGCCAAAAAAGACGUAAGCAAUUUAGCGAGCUGAGAAUGGUGAGCGAAUGAUAGAGAGGAUUAAAUCGCGAAUGGAAUAGCGCGGAGGACCCUUUUGUACAUUGAGCAAUUUCCGUACGUUGGCUGUGUAGUUGUCGACGUAGCAAUAAUUAGAAGCAAUCGAAAGAAUUUUCACGAUUUUAACGGUUGUUGAUUCUAAAGUUAUAGUUUAGCAUAAAGAAGAAAUAAGAACUACAUGUGGGUUCAGUAUGUGUGAUUUAAAGAAAGCAACUUUAUAUAAUUAUUACAAUAAAUUAGGCGAUUAUUAUGUAAUCACUGUAUGUUUCUGAUACAUAUAUGCGAGCGAACGAUCUCUCUGUCAUUUAAUUCCACUUAGUCAGUGCGACUAUUAUCGGAUGAUGGCGCGCAUAUAAAUUUCGAGUAUCGUCGUUUUUUCAUACUUUCUUCUCAAGUAUGCGCGAGAUGUCAUGAAACUUCGCGUCUGCUUUGCGACUUAUCUUGUGAUAUGAUACUGUCUUUGUAUUUCAUCAUUUCUUCUCCUUUUCUUAGCUCGUUCCCUCUCUCUCUCUCUCUCUCUCUUCCUCUUUCUUUUCUCCUCUCCUCCAAUUAACUGGGAGUUUAUUGAUAUCGCUUCCAAAUAAUUGAUACUUAUACCAAUCGUAUACAAAUCAUAUGUAUACUCUUAGCGGAUAAGAAAAUUUGCAAAUAAUAGGGUAAAUCUGUUAGUAAAGUAAGGCAGAUCAGUGUGAUAAUAUCGUAAACAGUACGUUGGUAACGCUUUUCGAGCGUAGAAAAAAGGAUAUUUUAUUGAAUAUAUUUCACUUUUAUCGCGCGAUACCACAUGCAGUGAUGUAUGCGUAGUGUAAAAAACGCCUACUUAGUUACUUCGACUUCAUACACGUCAUGAAGAGAAUGAUGCCUUAAAUUGUGGACAAUCCGAGGUUAAUCGAUGUAAUUCGCGCGAAUCUUGCGCGUGUAUAAAUAAUUUAGUAAGAAUUUAAGAAUUAAAUAAUCGGUA